CGGCAGAUAAGAUGGGCUGCACGGCGACAUUGCCACGGUGCGAUGUACGGGGCACCGUUCUUACAGCGACUUGAACAUGGUUGCCUGAAUGCUUGUCAGACGAUGAACCCCUUAACGUCCCUUUUACCUUUCCUACGCUAAGGGAUACAAUUGGUGUAUGUAACUUAGAAUAGAAUAACGACGAUGCGCUAACAUUAAAGUGUAUUAGCCUAACUGGCUUGCCUGGUUCGCCCUGGUGGUGGUGGUGGUCAACCUAUCCAAUCCAGCAUCUCCUCCUCCUCCUCCGCCGCCGCCAGUUGCAUCGCCGGGAGAGACUGGAUUCUUCGGUUCGGUCUGCUGCCCAGAACACUCAGAUGACCGAGUUUAGACGAUGCCCUGAAGGCAGCACUAUACGGUGUAUUGAGGACGUUGCAGUUUGCACAGUCAGUCAAGUCAGACACUGCUUCACCCACUUCAAUCGACUGGCUUCUUUGGCUCAUUCUUUCGAAGAAAAAAAUAAUAACAUAGAAAAAUGGAAGGUUCCAUUUGCAACAUCCAGGUGCUUCUUCGUGCCGCCGAGUUCUUGGAGAGGAAAGAGCGAGAGGCAGAACAUGGCUACGCUUCACUGCUGCCUCCCAGUCCAGGUCUCUCUGAUAAGAGAAGCAAACAGAAGAGCAAGAAGAUAUCUGCUGGUGGCAAUAGGUCUGUACACAACGAGCUGGAGAAAAACAGACGAGCGCAACUGAGGCAGUGCCUGGAGCAGCUAAAGAAGCAAGUUCCCCUGUCGUCCGACACGAUGAGGAACACCACGCUCAACCUGCUCCGACGAGCCCAGGUUCACAUCAAGAAGCUGCAGGAGCAGGACGAGCGUGCGGAGCAGCUGAAGGGCCGCCUGCGCUGGGAGCAGAGGGAGCUGCAGGUGCGUCUGGAGCAGCUGCAGAGAGGGACCGAGCGGAUGAGGAACGACAGCCAGGGGUCCACCAUGUCGUCCGAAAGGUCUGACUCGGACAGAGAGGACGUCGAGGUGGACGUGGAAAGCAUCGUGUUUGAUUGCAUGGACUCUGACGCCCUGCACUAUACACGCAACGAUGCAGAUCACUGUUACUCCAGUAUGGACAAAGCCUGGCUAUGACAGCAGCGAGGCAGCGGUCCUUUUUUAUCAGCGUCGUCACCGAGGCAAAGGGGGAGAAGACAUUCCAAAAAUAAGCAGGAUAAGGAGGAUGAUGCUGCACAACUGAACCCCAUGUUUUUUUUUUUACAAAGGCGGUUGUUGUUACACCACGAGUGUAAUCAUGAGUGAGCUGUGUCGAUUUGCACUGAAAGGCAGUUCAAAUCACUGGGCUGCGAUGGAACAAACAUCCAAAGCCACUUACAAUCAUUCAUUGUAAGGGAUUUCAUAAAUCAAUACAGUUUUUUUUUUUUUUUUUACUUCAAUACCUUCACCGACUUCAGCCUUCGGACUAGAUUUGAUCUACUCAGCCUCUCCUAAGCAUUACAACUCAGUAAGGCCAUGUGUGGCAUGCACUUAAAACAUUAAUCUCUGCUACGGUGUAUACACACACAUACACGUCUGCUCGUGUUUUUGGCUUUUUUUUUUUUUUUUGCACAAAAACAUCCACGCAUUGCACUUGUUUUGUCUCCAAAGAGUUGCAGAUCUCCAUGUGGAAAAACAGGUUAAGAGGAACGAUAUAACGGCAUUUGCACAUACAUGCCAGCCUAUUAGGCAACUUGACCUGAUAUUCAUUUGGCGUUUUUUUUGCACACUCUACUCUGUAAUUUGGUGAUGGCUGGUGGAUCGGAGCGCAUCGAUUCUUGCACAUCCAAGGUUCUUUAUGUUACUAAUUUCUUGACAAGCUCAUGGAUCAGACAUGUUUUUUUUACAUUUGCUGCAUAACAAAUAUGUAUCAUGUUGCUCUAUAUUUAAUAACAGAAGGCACAUUUUGCCCUCACUUUUGAAUUAUGCAAGAUGCCUUAUAACUUUUUAUAGUAUAUGCAUUCUUCAGUCUCUCCGCCCAGUAAUAUUAUGUAGCAAUUUUUGUAAUGGUGUAAGCUUUUUUUGUAUGAAUAAAUAUUUUCUAUAUUUAAACGUGUCCAUAUUUAACACAAGACAACACUGAUUGACAAAAGAAUGAUCAUAUCAUAAUAUAAAGAGCAUGUAUUCAUAUUUGCUUUUUGACGUACAAUAUGAGGCAGAA